AUGGCAGAGGCCGUCUUCGCACACGUACUCAAACAAAGAGAUCUAAUUAUCAAUGGCUUACUAACAGCGCGACCACCGGUUUAUUUGCGUUUUACCGGUUCGCUACCCGACUCGCGGGCCAUAACCGUAUUGCUGAGACACGUCAUCGAAACUGAACACAAAGCCAGACAAUUAUGUCGACAAGACUUUGAUAAAUACGACUAUAUCUUCUGUAUGGAUAACAAUAAUAUUGAGGACAUCAAUGAUAUUAAGCCCGAGAAUAGCAAAGCAAUUGUCGAGAUGUUGGGUAAAUACGAUACGCAAAAGCAAACCAUUAUUGAAAGUCUGAAUAAACAAAAAAGAGACAAAGGAUUUGAGACCAACUAUGAACUAUGUCUUCGCUGUUGUAAUGCUUUUUUGGAUCAGUUCCACAAAUGA